CACAUCGAGAGAGACGGAGAGAGAAGCAGCUGACAGGACGACUCAGGAGAAAGCAAAGAUGCAGUGGAGUCUGUUUGUGCUCAUUCUGAUGGGUCAGUGUUCCUUCUUCACAUGUCACCUCUAUGAGUACCACUUCAUUCCUGAGGGAAAGACCUGGGAGGAAGCCCAGAGUUAUUGCAGAGAGCAUUUCACUGACCUGGCCACAGUGUCUGACAUGAGAGACGUGGAGAGACUGACUAACUCUUCACAGACUACAGACGCCUGGAUUGGACUGAGGAGCAUCAAUGAAAGAGAAAUCAAAGAGUGGCACUGGUCUCUGUCGGGGGAGAAGUACUAUCCUACAGAAUGUAAACCAGGAUGUGCGUCAGAAUGGCAUACAGAUGAGCCGAACAAUGCAGGUCACAAUCCUGAGAACUGUGUGAUGAUUAAAUCCUCCAAAAAAUGGAACGAUGACCGUUGUGAGAAAGAACGCAAGUUUAUCUGCUACAAUGAAACAGGGCCACAGAAAUACUUUUUAAUUGAUGAAUCAAAGAAAUGGCUUCAGGCUCAGAGCUACUGCAGAAAACAUCACACUGACCUGGUCAGUGGAUUCACACAGAUCAGAUCAGAAGAAUUCAAGACAUGGGUUGAUAAAGUCAACAAAAUAUAUUACAUUUGGUCUUCUGACUUGUGGAUCGGCCUGUUCAGAGAGAUCUGGAGCUGGUCAGAUGGGAAGAACGUCUCUUUCAGACACUGGGAUCCGGACUCAUUUGUAGAUGUAGCCUCAAAGACUUGUGCUAUGACUACGCCAAAUGGAAAAUGGAUCUCCGACACCUGCACAAAUAAAAAACCCUUCUACUGCUAUGAUGACAAAGUGAUCCUGAUCAAAGAGAAUAAGACUUGGGAUGAGGCCCUGACUUACUGCAGAGUGAAGCACCGUGACCUGGUCUCCAUCACUGACAGACACCAGCAGAGAUGGGUCCAAGAGGGAGCCAAGAGGGCCGACACUGAGUUCGUCUGGCUGGGAAUGCGCUACACCUGCACUCUGGAUCUGUGGUUCUGGGUCAUUGAUCGACUGGUCUGCUAUAACAACUGGGCCCAAGAAGAAAAGACAAGACAAGUUCAGUGUGACAUGGCUACAACCAUGAAGAGAGAUGGAAAGUGGUACAAAAAGGCUGACAAUGAAAAGUUUAAUUUCUUCUGUGUUAAGUAAACCCAUUGGUAUAUUUACUGCAACAAGCUCACUCUUCUCUAAUCUGUAUCUGCUCUCUGGGUUUAUUGAAUGGCUCUAGUUCAAAUUUAGAAAUCACAACCUGAAGAGGGGAGAAACUAAAUUACUAAUUGAGGAUUAGAAAUUGAGAAAAAGGGGCGACACUAAAUUUUGCCUCUGUGAACAUCUGAAUUACUUUAUGAUAUGGAUUUGUUGUAGUAGUUAUUGAUAUAAUUCAUGUAUAUUUAUCCUCUUAAAGUGUGAAACCUGUAAUCUUCAAUCUUGAAUUGUUGAUGUGUCCUAUAGAGAGGCGAAGUCCCUCCCUUUUCCGGUGGACCUCCAUGGGACCUUAUUUCGGAAAAGUUAU